CGGAGUCGGGCCGAGCCGCGGCUGAGCUGCUGCCGGAGCGCCCGCCAUGGGCGUGGGCUAUGGAGGGAUGCGCUGCGUCAAGAUCCUGCUCUUCAUCUUCAACCUGACCUUCUGGCUGGCAGGACUGGCUGUCAUUGCCUUCGGGCUGUGGCUGCGCUUUGGUGGGCCCAUGGCUGAGUUUGCUACAGACAAGAAGUCCCCAGAACUUUUCUUCAUGGGACUCUAUGUGCUGGUGGGAGCAGGGGCCAUCAUGGCAGCAGUUGGAUUUUUCGGGUGCUGUGGAGCAGCACGGGAGUCCCAGUGCUUGAUUGGAACUUUCUUUGCUUGCCUGUUGGUGAUAUUUGCAGGUGAGGUCACUGCUGGAGUAUUCGCCUUCAUAGGCAAGAAAGUGGCAAUACAGGAAGCCCAGAAAAUCUAUGAAGAUGCUUAUGAGGACUACAUGAAAAACCCAGUGGGGAAGGUCAACAGUACCAUCUAUCGCUACCACGUGGCUCUCCAGUGCUGUGGUAAAGGUAAUGUGGAACAACAAACAGGAUUGCCCUGUCCAGAGAACAUCCAGCUGCCAAAGAACUGCCUGACUGAAAUUCAGAAUGUAAUUGAUACUCAGCUGCGCCUAGUUGGAAUUGUUGGAAUUGCAAUUGCUAGCAUCACAAUCUUUGGCAUGAUUUUCAGCAUGGUUCUGUGCUGUACCAUCCGUAACAUGAGAGAAAUGAUCUAAAACUGUCACUGCACAACUCUGCCCCAGGAGUUCCAGACUAAGCUUACAAGAAGUGCUCUUCUACCCAAUUUAAUAAUUGUAAUGCAUUUUAAUCAGUGUUUUAACAUACUGAGAGGAAAAUAUCCUGUUAGGUGAUCAGGUGAAUUGUAUUAGUUACAGUAAAACUGAAGUGAACAAAAAAAGGGGUUUAAAAUGUCCUUUUUAAUGAAAAAAAGAGCAAAGGUGCAUCAAAGACUAAUUUGAUUUUUAAUGUUUGUAUAUGUGCAAUUAAGAGUUUACACAUGUAAGCGCAUGCAUGUGUCUCCUUACAAACACCUCUGGAUGUGAGCAGGUCCCUGGAUGUGCAGCAGCUGCCCAGGUAAACAUCUGCAGAUGGAACAGAUGUGUGUGCACAUCCCCCAGGGACACAGUGCUCAGACCCCCUCACACUGAGCCCCUGUGUGCCAAGAAUUAGCAGAGGCACAAAUGCCAUUGUAAAAAGACCUAUGAUCCAUGUUGUGACUUUAUUUUCCAAAGCCCAAACAGAGCAGAACUAAUAAAAUUGUACUUUAUUAAAAAAAAAAAACAAUUAAUGCCUAAGGGUCUGCUCCAGCAAACUUGAAGAGUAGACCCACUGACUUCACUGUCAUGCAGAGACUGGGUGUUCAUUUUUUGUAGGACUGGACCCUUCAUGCAAAUGCAGAAAGCUCUGGGGGAGAAAACACAUCCAAGGAGAUCCAGGCUAAAGGAAGAGGGGGAAGGAGGUGGGAAGCUGGCAAGACCAGGCAGUCAUUUGGGACCAACUGCAGUGCAAAGUGUGCUUAAGCUUCCCAAGCUAGGCUGAGAUACACCAAAAAACCCAGCUGUGAGUUCAGGGGGCCACUAAAAUCCACAUUUGUCCCAAAAGCCUCACUGUGGCUACAGACUGGAGCAGGAGUGGAGCCCAGGUCCAGACAAGCAGCUCCUUUGUCAGAUCUCUGGAGAAUCUGACUGGCCUGUGGAAGCCAAACAAAGAGUGAAAGCGGUCAGAAAAAGACACACAGCACUUUAAUAUCCUCAGUUUCUGCUUCUGUGACUAUCACAGCUUCCAUGGGGCUCUUACCUCAACCUCUUGUCCCUUCCUGGGGCAGAAGGCAGGAAAGGAAGAUGGGACAUUUUUACAGAGCCAUGCAGUAAGUUCUCUUACUGGCACCUUUAGGUUGCAUAGGUAUAAAUUAGAUUGUCAGGAAUAAAAACUACACUGUGUGCUUGAAAUACCUCAGGGCUUGCGUUUACAUUGUUUUUUUCUAGAUUUUAAUUUUUCUAUUUGUCAUAUUUAUUCAUAAGAGAAUGUUCCUUUUGAACCAGCCUAGAAGGGAGAAAGGUUGUCCCCAGAAAAAGAAGUUACAUCAAAGGCUCAGGAUCUCUUUAUUUUUGGCUUAAUCAAGAUAAUUGACAGUUUCAGAGAACAGCUUUUUGCUAAUUACACCCCCAUGGCAGCAGAUCUGGUGAUCACCAGUUCAGAUUCCUGAUGCAGCUGUUCCAUCCAUGCUGGGGAGAAGUUCAGUGAAACUACACAUUCCAAUUGUCUGAGAGGCCUUGGAAUUUACAAUUCAUGGGCUCCUUGUUCUGCUGAAACACAGGAACAAAAUGGGAUUUCAGGAAUUAUGUUACAUGUUGUGUGGGAUAUACCACCCUUUAUCUGUUAUUUGUUUUUUAUCUCUUAUUCCCCAAAGAAACUCAAACUCCCAUCAGUUUUCUGUCACUUCAGCACUUGGGGUAGUGCUGCUGCUCCAAGUCUCUGGUUUAGCUGACACAUCUUGCUGUCUCUUACAUGGAUUUCUCUUUUCCAACCAUCCAACCACGAGCUGUGGCACUGCACUAAGAG